CUGGGUCCAGGGACCCGAUGGGCCUGGAGGAGGUCCUGCUGCGUUUGGCGUGCCUGUGGGGAAAGGCUUGAAUGGUUUGGCACUUAAACGAGUAUUUCUCAGGCUUCCCAAGCCGGGGGAGCUCCGUCCUGACCCAGCCAGCUCCCUUGCACCUAUGAUACAUGCUUUAGAAACGGAACAUUUUGGUUCAAAGAAAAAAAUGGCUCUCAAUCCAUCUGUAUUUCCUCGAGAAAGUGAAGCGAAUAAUGCAAAUUGUAUAGAAACAAAACAGUCGCACGCCGCUUCCAUAGCUUCGGAAGAUCCCCUUCAGAACCUGUGCUUAGCGUCUCAGGAAGUGCUUCAUAAGGCCCAGCAGAGUGGCAGGUCCCGCUGUCUCAAGUGUGGAGGCUCCAGGAUGUUCUAUUGCUACACAUGCUGCGUCCCCGUGGAAAAUGUGCCCACCGAGCUGAUCCCGCUUGUGCAGCUUCCGUUGAAGAUCGAUAUCAUUAAGCAUCCGAAUGAAACAGACGGCAAAAGCACAGCUGUGCACGCAAAGCUCUUAGCGCCCGACUCUGUGAGCAUUUACACAUACCCGUGCAUUCCAGAGUAUGAAGGGAAGGACCAUGAGGUUGUACUUGUUUUUCCUGGGCCUCAGGCUAUCUCAAUUAAAGAUGUCUCUUUUCAUCUGCAAAAAAGGAUUGAAAGUCAAGGUAAAGGCAAAGCUGAUGACUUUGACAUGCCACCUUUUAAACUCAAGAGACCUAAGGUGGAGGAAGGCUGUGAUCUGAAUGAGAGUGCUUGCGAAGGCCCAGCGUUGAAAAGAGCUGUCUUUAUCGACAGCACGUGGAGCCAGACCAACCAGAUAGCCUCCGAUGAGCGGCUGCGGGAGUUAUUACAAGUUGAACUGAAAACAAGAAAAACUUGCUUUUGGCGCCAUCAAAAAGGGAAGCCAGAUACUUUCCUUUCCACAAUUGAAGCCAUUUAUUACUUCCUGGUAGACUACCAUAGUGACAUGCUGAAAGAGAAGUACAAAGGACAAUAUGACAAUCUUUUAUUUUUCUACUCUUUUAUGUACCGCUUGAUAAAGAAUGCCAAAGGCUCGGGAGAGAAGGCAACCCCAAAAGCCAUCCAUUAGUUCUGCACACAGCGCUCGGCCUGUGCCCUGCCAAUGUUCAAGCUUGCAGCUGAGCCCUGUUUUCUCUGGGGAGAUAAUCAUGCUCAAUGCCUGUGAGAGGACUUGGGGAAACUUCUAGUUUUGCUCAUUUUAUCAUCUUUUUUCAAGGAAAAUUUCAGUUUUUGCAGUUUUUAAGAAUGAUCCUGACUGAAAGACAUAGUUCAGAAGCUGUUUGCUCAGUUUGGGCAUACCUCAGUUGCACUGUACAUUUUAACAUGCUGUGUUACUUUAUGUGAUUGUGAUUGUGUGUGAUUGUAGACUGUCUUGUCUUUUCGCUUAUACUCACCUUACCUUUGGAUGUAAAUGAAGUCAGAAUCUUUUGGCAAAAAGAAAAGUGAAACAUAAUUUGCUUGUGGCUAGUGAUAGCUGGCAGGUAAGUGUGUGCAUCCACACUUCCUCCCACUGCCUAGCCGCUGCCCUAUUAGAGAACUGUGGCGUCACGUGGUCCUGCCAGACGGAUGUGCAUAUGGCCUAUUUUGGCAAGUCACAUGGCCCAAGAGGACCAUGUGUUUUGAUGUACUAGGAAUGCUGUAGAAGAUGGAAAUUAUUUUUCAAGAGUUAUACAAUGUUAAAAUAAAUUUUUCUCAUUUUUAAAACGUGUCUAGAAAUAAAGAUAAGCUUGAAUUGAUUUAAGUAGGGCAAAGUCUGAAAUGGGGAGGGGUGGAGGUAUGCUAAAGUUAGACUUCCCUGAGCCAAAUCUGUUGCCAUUUACCCAGCUCUUCAAACCAACAAAGUGGUUAAAAGAUUGAAGGAAAAAUAGGAGAGAGAAUCACUCAUUUGCCUGUCUCAUAACAGUCUUUUGAAAGAUGGCCAAUAUACUUCAGCUGAGCAUAUUGCAGAGCCCUGAAUUCAGCUAGAUAAAGUCUCCAGGCCUUCCUGAAGCAAAGGAUACCUGUAAGAAUAAUGAAUCGGCUCUACUUGCCUUUUUCGCUUUGGCAUGACAGACUGAAAAUGGCCUUAACCUGCUGGCCCCUAUAUAAUGGGCCUUCGGCACUUCUUUUCUUUCUGCUCUCUCUCUCUCUCUCUCUCUCUCUCUCUCUCUCUCUCUCUCUCUCUCUCUCUCUCAUAUAUAUAUAUGAGCAUGCAAGGUUGCCCUGGCUCCUCUGCCCCUGCACUUCUGUGAGGUCAGGUGACAUUAUAGCCACCUACCUGAUUCCUGACACAAACAAAGAGUGCCUUUAUAGCAAUGGCAUGUAAUUAGUUUACAGCAUUCCGGUGCCAGUAGACAGCCCAUCUUUGGGAACUGUAUCAGAUAUAGGAAGGGUUUUAGCCCCAUUAUUAAGUUCUUGACAAAUGGCUUUGUCUUAGUUCUCUUCUUAUACCCUGACAGUACCGGUAGGCUCGCAGGGUUCUUGUGGCUGCCAAAAUGGCUUAGGGAUGUAAUCCAAAAUGUUAGUGAAACUGACUAGAUUGAUGGCCUAGGCAUGUCUGGUAAACUCUUCUCCCCUCAGAGGAUUGUUUCCAGGCACUAAGCCUGUUCAUCCUGACAUGACCACUUGGUUAGGCAAGUGCACCUGCCAAGAGAUCGACACUCUCUUCAUAGACUCCAUGCCACAAUGGCAGAUGCUAGCCAGUAAUUCUUCAGUUUGCAUUUGGUUCCCUUCCUGGCUAGUUUCUCUUCCUUCUUUCAGCUUUAUCACCAGGAUCAUGCAUUCUAAUAAAGUUGCAAAUUUAAUAUACCCUCAGACUCUUCCAGGGAAGCAAGCUAGUUAAGGUGGGAUUUGGUCAGAGACAUCAUUUAAAGUGUUAGCAUAAUCUUUAAACAAGUGUAAUAAAGGGAUUGGGACUUGUGAAAAGGUGCAGUUCUUGGGGGAGUAAGACCGGAAGGCUUUAGCAGAGAAGGAUUAAAGAAAGAGAUAUCGAAGCCACUGAGUACCUGUGACUAACUGCAGACCUGUGCAUCUUCAGCCUCUUAAUCACUCUGUCCACACAUCUUGGUUGACAGGUCCUUCUCAACCCAUUUGGAAGCCUUAAGAAGAAGUAAAGGGACUUCGCUGGGCCUUUUCUUUGACACCAUGUUAAUUAGGUCUUUGUCCCAGGUCUAUCUUUAAUAAUCACAUUUUAUUUGAUGCAAAAGAAUGUCAUUAACAGUCCUGAAUCCUAGGUUCUGUCCUUCCUCUUAGUUCCACCUGUUUGCCGCCUCAUCUCUGUGAGCCUUUCUCCUUACAGUGCCUUAUCUAUUAGAGUUACUAGCAGCUGGCUUCCUCAAGAUCUCCAUAAAUGCCACAGGUAAAGUAGGAUUGUUAGGAAAACUGCUGUCUACCGAAUUAUAGAAGGAUGAUGUAUCAAUGUUUGGUCUCCAAAUACUAGUGGUUAAAUGGCUGCAAUGAAGAAUACUGCAUUUAAUCAUUUAAUGAACUUUAAUUGAAGACUACCAGCUUAAAAAAAUCACUGCCCAUUCAUAAGAAUCAUUUAUCAUCAGACAAUGGAUACAGUCCUCCACGAGAAAAAUGGAAGGAAAAGCAUGGAAUACAAAGGAAAAAAACAACUGGGUAUCUUCAGAAAGAAUGUAUUUAUUUAAAAUUACAGUUUAAUAGUAUAGUAUGUACUAAAAAAGAUCCUAGAACUUGAGAACCACUGAAGUAAUCCAAUACAAGAGUUGGAAGAUAAUUGAGACCUUGGACCACCUGUACAUUACUUAAUUAAGCAAACAAGCAACCUGAAAUGUAAACAUGGCGGUGCUUUGGUUAGCCACACUGUUGUCAAGGGGAAGGUUGAAGACUAAAUACACAACACAACAAUGGUAAAAUCACAAAAAGUAAGCAACAUCAGAUGACAGGAAAAUCCGUAUAUUCUCUUAAUCUGUGCAUACAUCCACAUUUUUGUUGUUAUAUUAUGCAGGCAAUUAAGGUGGCCUGCCCUUAGGGACCCUUAGGGUCCUGACAACAUCCUGUGUCAGUACCUAUGUCCUAUGACAUCAUCUAGGUCUGCUACUUAAGGUAUAACUGAUCUGCCACUCCCUCUCUCUCUGUCUUGCUCUCUUACUCCUUGCUGUUUUGUUCUCUCUUUCCCUUUCUGUCGGGCCAUCCCCUCCCCGAUCUCUGUCUCUGUCUCUCUGUCUCUGUCUCUGUCUCUCUAUCCUUAUGGCUUACUCAGGCCCUAACUCUUUCCCUUCCCUGCAAUAAAACAUUUCAUGUAAGAUCUGUUGUGUGCAUGUGUUAUCAUUUUUUAAAUACUAACAAUUGUGAUACUGAGUUUCCUGAGGGAUUGCUGAAAGAUACCAACCCCCACUUCUCCAAAGUGUUUUGCAAUUAAAACUUUAUGAUUAUUGUG